AGCUACCCACUUAUACCAUCGAUCGGUGUACACUACCACAUACAGCAAUUGCACCACCCUUCCCCGCAUUUCCCCAUGGCCACUUCUUUUUCUUGCUUCCUUGCCAUCUCAAUUCUACUAGUGUUCUUCUCACUCCCCCCGCUUACUGGUGCAAGGCUCCUGUACGCGGACAAGAACUCCCUCAAUGACAGCAAGUCUUUCUCCAUCGGAGGUGGGAGAGGCAAGGGUGGCGGCCGAGGUUUUGGUGUGAGUAUCAGCCAUGGUGGGCACGGCACCUCCAUCACUAUAGGUGGCGGACUUGGAGGUGGAGCUGCUACUAACCAUGGUGGUGGCCCAAGCGUAGGUGGUGGAGCAGGUGCGGGCAUUGGCAUCAAUAUAGGGCAUGGUGGCGUGAAUGUAGGGAUAGGCGGGGGUGGAGGUGGAGCGGCUAGCACCGGCGGGGUGCAUGCAGGUGGUAGCGGUGGAGGUGGCAUUGGAGUUCACAUAGGCCAUGGUGGCGUGGAUGUAGGGAUAGGUGGAGGUGGAGGCGGGGCAGCUAGCACCGGCGGUGUGCAUGCAGGUGGUGGCGGGCGAGGUGGCAUCGGAUUUCACAUAGGCCAUCAUGGGGCUACUGUAAGCGCCGGGGGUGGGGGCGGCGGCGGUGCUGGUGUACGUGGAAGUGGGGGAGGCGAAGGCGGUGAUAGCGGUGUUGGUCGUGCCGGCAAUGUUGUGGGUGGUGGGGGAGGGUAUGGCAGUGCAAACGGCGGUAACGGAAGCGGGGGAGGUACCGGAGUUGGGUCAGCUGGUGGAAGUGUAGGUGGUGGCUCUGGAAAUGGUGGUGUAGUACAUGGUUGAUUGGUUUGUUAAUUUGAGAAGUGCAUAUGCAUACAACAUAUUUUAGUUUGCUAAUGAAAUACUCCCUCUGUAACUUUUUAUAAGAUGUUUAAUAUAAUAUGGGUAUGUAUAGGAAACGAUAAAUAUGCUAGUAUUUUUAUGUUUAUUGUAUGUUUAAUACUAUUGGUGUCACCUUCUAUAUA